UUAAUUUUCAUUUUUUUCGUGUUUUCUCCUCUUUUAAACCGUUCAAUUAAGUGUUUUUUUUAUUAUCAUUUAUUCUCUACAAAUUUUGAAAAAUGUGAACUUGGAGAAAAUAUACAAAUAAAGUGUUGCAUAUUGAUAUUUAUCGGUUUCUAUACAUAUUUAUUGUGAGAAAUCAUUAAGAUGAUCAGUGUUUCCACAAAUAUAAAUAUAAUUAAUUAUUAAUAAUAACAUAGAGUUAAAGGUAAAUUGAGCAAAUUGGCUAUUUCUGGCAAUUAAUUUAAGUGUGUAUCAAACUGGUAGCCCUUCGCAUUAAUCAGUACCCAAGAAGUAGCUCUGGGUUUCAAAAAGGUUGGUGACCCCUGAUGUAAAUAAACAAGAGCCUAAUGGGGCUGGAGACUAUGGCCUGAAACCCGGAUGAGCCUCGAGGUCACGUGAUUGCAAAAUACCUAUUUAAAUGUUUUUUUAUGCAUGUUUAUGUGAUUUAUUUUGCGUAUUUUGUGACGUCUUUGUGUUUUAUUUAAACGUUUAAUUCAAAUUAAUAAUAAAGAGCAACAAGUAUCCCGAAAGCGUUUCUGCUCAGGUGACUUGCUAUGACACGUGGAGCAACACACCUAUUUGUUUUUGUUUAGUUUUGUUUUUUUAAAUCUAUGUUUAUGUGCUUUAUUUUGUAUCGCGUUUGUGUUUUCAUUCGAACGUUUAAUUCAAAUUAAUAAUAAAGAGCAAAAAGUAUCCCGAAAGCGUUUCUGCUCACGUGACUCGCUGUGGCUUGUGGAGGCCCGGAUGUGCUUCUAUGUCACGUGAUUGCAACAUACCUAUUUUUUUAUUAUUUAAAAAAAAUGUAUGUUCAUGUGCUUUGUUUUGUAUCGCGUUUGUGUUUUCAUUUGAACGUUUAUUUCAAAUUAAUAAUGAAGAAUAAAAUAGAUCCCGAAAGCGUUUCUGGUCACGUGACUUGCUACGUCAUGUCGAGGUACGCUGACGAACAUGGUCGCUAUCCUGUUAAGAAAUCUACAUUAACCGUUACAACCCUUUUAAAAAAUCGUCUUUAAAUAUUGUCACCUGCUCACCACAAUGCCGAAACGCCAACGACACAACGACAGCUGUUUGGGAUACGAAGUGGUGUUUACGGAAGGCAACAAAUCAACACCAUGUUGCCCACAUGGGCCAACAUUGUUAUUCGAGAAAACUCGCAAAGACGGCGAGAGAGGAAGGAGGUUUUUCGCGUGUUCGGCUUGCAGAGACCGAAAAGACUGCAACUUUUUCCAGUGGGAUGAUGAAAAGGUCUCCGAGGCAAGGGUGCUGGCCAGAGAAGCGGAGAACAGGUUGAAGAGGCCUCUGUUUAGCCAGCAGCAGUGCAUUGCAAGGUUGAGACAGUUUAUAUCCCUCCCGAUGGACCAAAAGAAGUUCUGUGGGGAUUGUCAGACACUCCUCCUCCCUCAGGAGCACUCUGCACAUGCCUGCCACUCUUGCUUGUCUGUCUCUGCCUCUGAGCUGCGGAGGCCUAGCAUGCUUCUACGCCCUCUCGUUGACAAGAAGAGCAACGCCCAGUAUCUCUUCGCAGAGCGCACCUCCGGCUUCUUGCUGGAAACCCUGGUUGGUAUGGGAUUCCACAAGGUGCUUUGUGUGGGCACUCCAAGCCUACACGAGUUGAUAAAACUUGAAAAACUGGAAACCCCUAAAUCUAAGCCAAUGAAGAGCCUUCUUCUGGAUAUCGACUUCAGAUAUGCCCAGUUUUACAGCCAGGAUGAGUUCUGUCAUUACAACAUGUUCAACCACCACUUCUUUGAUAGCGAGGCCUCAAGUGCAGAGCUCCAGACCUUCCUUAGAGAGGGCGACGGGGAGAAGGUGGUGAUGGUCGCCGACCCUCCCUUUGGAGGCCUGGUGAGACCUCUGGCUAACAGCUUCUCUUUGGUGUCGCGGACAUGGAGAACCCUGCAGAAGACUUUGACAGAGUGUAAUAUGGACAUGCCCAUGAUAUGGAUUUUUCCAUAUUUCUUUGAACCUCGCAUUGUGGAGUGUUUCCCUACGUUUAGCAUGCUGGACUACCAGGUGGACUAUGACAACCAUUCCUUAUACAAGCACGGGAAGACGGGAAGGAAGCAGUCUCCUGUCCGAUUGUUUACAAACAUCAAUCCCUCACUUUUUGUCCUUCCUAAGGAAGAAGGUUACAGGUUUUGUGCCAUUUGCAAGCGCUACGUCUCCUCCCUCAACAAGCACUGUGCUAAAUGCAAAGUCUGCCCCUCCAAGGAUGGCCGUCAAUGGAGGCACUGCUCGCUUUGCGAGAAAUGCGUGAAACCAUCUUGGCGACACUGUGAAUCGUGCAGCCGCUGUGCCCUCCCAGACCACCCUUGUGGCAAGUCAAGUCCAGAGAAGAUGGGCUGCUUCAACUGUGCCAGCAUGGACCACAAACGCAACGCUUGCCCUCUAAAGCGCAACCGCAGUUCCAAGAGAAGAGGCAAGAAGAACGUGUCAGCCACGUGUCGUCCAAUCAAAAGUAAGAAGACGACAAUCAAGCAAACUGUUUUGAAAUAACCAUUAUCAUUAACUGUUGAACAAAUAAGAAAUAAACACUUGCAUUUA